CUUGUCCAGAUCACCAUCAACAACAAUCAUUCUAACAAACAAACAAACACAACCAGAGUCAACAACCUAUCAAUUCUUCAUCUACCCCCUAAACAAAAACUUCAACCACAAAACAACAACCACAAUGUCUGAUAACGGUGCUUCCACUCUCAAGUCCUACGUCGACUCUGCCACUGGCAUGGUCCAGAGCGCCGUCGGUGCCGUGACUGGCAACUCCGCCACCAAGGCCGAAGGCGAUGCCUCCCAGCAGAAGGCCGCCGCCGAACACGACGCCAGCCACACCACUGCCAAGCUAGGCCCCAUCUCCGCCGACCCCAACACUGGUGCGACAGCCAAGGACCGUGAGCAGCGCUCCACAGGCGCCUGGGACCAGACUGUCGGUUCCGCGAAGGAGUCCCUGGGCAACCUGAUCGGCAACGAGAACCUGCGCAAGGAGGGCGAAAACCAGAACCUACGUGGCAAGGGUGCCGAGGCUGAGGGACAGCUGAAGGAUUUCGGUGAGGGUGCUGCUGAUCGCUUGCAGGGUGGUCUUGGAAAGGUCGCUGCUGCUGCUACUGGCGAUCGCGCUGAGGAAGCGAAGUGGACUCAGGUUCACGAUGAGGGCAAGGUGAAGCAGAGAGGCGCCGAGCUUGAUAUGCAGAAGCAUGCUUAGAUGGGACAUUCAAACGUUACUUGUGAUACCACUGCGACUGGGUUGAUAUCGCUGCGUCAUGGAGUUUGACGGUUUAUGGGAUGUGCUUUUUAUGACUUGAGAUGUAUUAUACUUGAUGGGAAUUGAUGAACUUAUUCAACACCUUCCUACUCUGGUAGAUUUAUAAUUGCUGUCGAUUGUCUGUUCUUAAUAUCUAGUAAGAUGGCACAAAUGCAUUCUUAGGCUUGGGUCGAGGGCAUCAUUCAAGACUCGUUCGCUCGU